AAUGCAAACAAAAGAGGUUUGGCUUGGGACAAUCAAAAUAAUUCUUGCCCAGUGGCUGGAAGUGAGGCGUGGUCAAUCCAGAUGGGGGUUCCUAAGACUUACAUCCAAUUGGGGCCCCAGUGAAGCCUCUGCCGCCCUGCAGUGCUGCUGCACCAAGAGGGGUGAGCGGACUUGUGUGGUAGCAUCCCCCUAAUUACUAGAUCAGAAAGAAGAAAGAUUCCUAAACUGGAAAAUAUUUAAAAAAAUUAAUUUCCAUUUUGAAAUUUGGUAUAAGAAUUUUGAAGACUACUUUCUUGAGCUGAAGAUCAAGUCUUCACACAGAUUAGCAGGUGGUGCUUUGCAAAUGACACAUUUAAAAGUUUUAAAAAAUAGAGUGACAGAUGUAUCUGGACUGGAGACAGAUAUGAAUAACUACUGGAUUUCACAUACAGUGGAACCUCGGUUUACAAACACCUCGGUUUACGAAUUUUCGGUUUAUGAAUGCCGCGGACCCAUCUGGAACGGAUUAAUUUACUUUCCAUUACUUUCAAUGGGAAAGUUCGCUUCAGUUUUAUGAACGCUUCAGUUUAUGAACAGACUUCCGGAACCAAUUACACCCAUGCUUUGGGUUAAGUACGCUUCAGGUUGAGUACUCUGCGGACCCGUCUGGAACGGAUUAAUCCACUUUCCAUUACUUUCAAUGGGAAAGUUCACUUCAGUUUAUGAACAGACUUCUGGAACCAAUUGUGUUCAUAAACCGAGAUACCACUGUAUUCAGAAAUGGAGGUUCUGUUGCUUCGUCCUAGAAGUCUUGGUGCAAGCAAUUUCCUGGAAUCUGCACAGUACCUAACUGUGGAAUAUAUCAUCACUGAAGCAGUCAAAUGCAACAUUUUCCUGUUGCCUAGAAUGGGCAUGCAGAGGAAUGUGGCUCCAGACAGGGAGGACUUCCUGUCAUGCCUGCUCUGGAGCCUCCUUCCCUUGUGUGUGACCAGGUAGAUGGGCGUGGACCUCUUCUUCUGGCUCUUAGCCAGCACUUGGCUCAUCCUUACAGAGGAUAGAAAGCCUGAAGCCCAGCUCAGACUUAUUUUCUCCGCAAAUGUAACUGUAACCACAAGAUAAAGCCUGCCUUCAGAUUACUGCUGCGAACUGAGUAAUAGAGAAAAUAUCAGUUUUCAUGAAGUGCCCGUCCCAUCAGACACAAAGAUGGCCGUGAGAGGUAAACAUGGGAUUGAAAUUACGGACAACAUAUUGGCUGAUGGUGUCAAUCUAGCUCCAGAAGAUAAACUGUUGACCUAUAAUGGGAUUUUGUAUCCUGCUGUUGUUUGCAAGCUAGAAAAUUUCCAAGCUCUUGAAACCUUUGAUGCUAGAAUGGAUGAUGUGAUCCUGGUAGGAUAUCCUAAAACAGGUACAAAUUGGCUUGAAACCAUGCUCAGUGGCUUGGAAAUCAGGGCUGGGAAAUAUACAGAAGCGGAAACGGAAAGAAGAAAGGCUAUUGAAGAAGAAUUAUCAGUGCCUUCACGCCUCGAGUUUGGGAAUCUAGAUGCAUUCAAGAGGAUGACGAAAUUACCUUCCAGAAGGAUCAUAGUAACUCAUCUCCUUCCUCAUUUACUACCCAAAUCUAUUUUCAAAAGUAAAGCCAAGAUACUGGUGCUGAUUCGGAAUCCAAAGGAUACAAUGGUGUCUUAUUUUCAUUUUAACAAUAACCUUUCUGUCCUUCCUAAUUCAACAUGGGAUGCACAUUUCACAGAUUUUAUGAAUGGAAAAGUGUGUUGGGGCUCCUACUUUGACCAUGUCUCAGAAUGGGACAAGUACAUUGACGAUGAAAAUGUCAUGGGCAUAUGUUACGAAGAACUUAAGGAGCAUCCAAAUUUAGGAUUGCAAAAAAUCGCUAAGUUCUUUGGGUUUUCUGUGAAUGAAGAAGAAAUUAAAAGUGUUGUAGAAAAUUGCAGCUUCAAAGCUAUGAAGCAGAAGUCUACCGAAACUCAUGGAGCAUUUGGAGACGCUCUUUUCCGCAAAGGAUCUGUCGGUGACUGGAAGAGCCUGUUCUCAGAAUCUCAGAACCAAGAAAUGGACAGAAGGUUUAAAGAGUGUUUAGCCAAAAGCAAACUAGGAGCUAAGAUGAAGUAUGAGGUUUACUGCAAGAGCUGAUGGCGCAACCUAUAUUCAAAGGGCUGGCUGCCUCCACCAUAGUCUCCUGGAAUACAAUUAGCUUUGUCUUUUUCUGUACAGAACAUUGAGGAAGCCAUAAUGUUUCCAGUCUCUUGCAAUUCCAGCAGUUUUGAUAUUUAAGCAGGUUGACUUGCUUAAAUUAUGGAUGCUUGAGGAAUUUGUUCUUUGUGGAUCUUAAUUCAAACUGACUUGAUAUCUGCUCCUGGACUAUUGUAUAAAAAUUGGUUAUCCUUCAGUUGCGUGUUCAGACCCAGAGACCUCCCCCCUAAAUAAAUUCACACUUGACUCAAAUUUUGGUCUGGUUUUUGGCAGAAUUUAGGCCACAACUUUAUUGAUUACAGAAAGUGAGUGGUUGCAUAGGCUCUAGUUUGACUAGCUCCCUGCACCCUUGCAGGUAGCGCUGACCCAGGGCACCAGCAUAGGUCAGCCAAGGGUGAACACCUGGAUAGGCGGAAAGCCAGGAACAGACUAUGUCCACUCCCCAGAUGCUCCCCUGGACUCAGGCAUGGGCACAACCCCCCUCUCAGGGGUUGACCAAACCAUUUGAGUCCCUGGAUUCCUUUAACGGAAUACCCUUCACAUAGUGAUGGUGAGAGUGUUCUCCCAUCCCUAUCACCUGAACCAGUGCCUAUCCACAACAUUACAAGAUGUGACAAUUUGCUACACGGCAGGCAAAACCCCAAUGGCCACAGCCAAUCAGCCAAGUGGGGUAAAUUCCUACCGUGCCCCUGUCCCAACGACAGACGACACACGGCGGCAUAGCAAGGUCAAGCACAAAAGCCCUAAAAGUAGGGAGAGGUGGGCAGGUGUUCCAAAUGUACGCACCGAAAGAGGAAGCUCUGGGUCACGUGCAUGUGAAUAUAUAGGCCUCCUCAAUCCGUUUGGACUGCGCCCCAUUGGCCAGAUUGAACCCAACAUAAAGGGACCUACCAAUCGGGUGUUGUGGCUGACCAAUCUUACCCACCCACAACACAGGAGGUCAGUCUCCAGGUCUCACCACAACACGUGCCCUCUUUUAGGGAGGACACAAUAUUCCGCAUUUCCCUGAAUUUUGCAACGCAGCUCCCAGUUGAAACUGUGAGGUGAGCGUGUGGAAUCCAUGUUGCAGCUCCAGUGACGCAGCAUGGCUCCUGACAGCCCUGCUUCUGUGUGUCAUGUUCCUCCAGGGUUUCAUCACUUGCAGUGGGCAAUCUCCUUCCUCUCUAAGGGCACCCCGCCUGUGUUACUAGUCCAGCAUAGUCCACUCAACUCUAUUGAAAAAUUCUGCAUCUUGCUCUGUAGCUCAAGUUGCUAUACCUUCUCUUUCAGCAAGGCAAUCAGUUUGCAGUUGCCACAAGGAUACUUCUGCAUGUUCUCUGGGAGGAAGACAAACAUGGCACAGGUGUUGCAGGUCUCUGCAGCAGCUUCUUCACCUCCCAUGUCUCUUAGUUCUAUGCAUUGAGACAGCACCAAGGGCCUUCCCCGCUCAACACCCUCACAAAUUCCCAUGUUCACAAGUCCUGGUCACAAGCUCUGGUCAUAAGCUCCCAGAACCUGCAAUCAGCUAAGUUUAACUGCAGCUAACUCCUUCCCCAACUCACUUCCUCAUUCGCAGGGCCUGAGGUGCUAAACUUUGAAGGGUAGCAUUUGGUCUCAGAACGCCAAGAUAAGGCAUUUAAAGCAAAGCUUUUACGUAAGGGUGUGGCCACAGUAGUUCAUACUUCUGUGUGCAAUAGUUUAAGCAAACUUAGUCAGAGAAAUCAAUAGCUCUCUUAAGACAAAAGCAGAAGAAACUAGCUGAUAUGGGAUGAAGGUUAUCAACUGUGCAUGGCUCAUUGUUUAUCUUCUUGUAAAAUGCUGCUGGAAAAUAACCCUAUUUUACAAACCCUUGAAGUGGUGGUCCAAAAUCAUUUAUUUGCACUGAUUUCAAUCAAUGGACAUAUGAUAUGAUGAUAUGAUAUGAUAGCCAUGUUCAAAUAUAUAAAAGGAUGUCAUAUAGAGGAGGGAGAAAGGUUGUUUUCUGCUGCUCCAGAGAAGCGGACAUGGAGCAAUGGAUUCAAACUACAAGAAAGAAGAUUCCACCUAAACAUUAGGAAGAACUUCCUGACAGUAAGAGCUGUUUGGCAGUGGAAUUUGCUGCCAAGGAGUGUGGUGGAGUCUCCUUCUUUGGAGGUCUUUAAGCAGAGGCUUGACAGCCAUAUGUCAGGAAUGUUUUGAUGGUGUUUCCUGUGGGGUUGGACUGGAUGGCCCUUGUGGUCUCUUCCAACUCUAUGAUUCUAUGACAUAUACAUGGUAUUAUGGCUGCUCUACGACUUGCUGACACUUUUCAUUGUUUGCCACACUUAUUAAUGAGUCUCUUUCUCCUGCUUUGCAAUGCCUGUUUUCUGAACACACCAAACCAAUUUCUAUGAGGACCUGAACUGAUCCAGCAAAACUCUUCUUGAUAAUGAUGACUUCUGAAAGAAUCAGAAGCCCAGAUAUCAAGGACUGCCGUGAGUAUGGAAUGGGAAAU